CAUUAUGAAAUCCACUGCACGCUGAGCUCUGCUGCUUGCUCCUUCACCGUGAGAAUUACAUUCACAUUGACAUUGUAAAGAACUUAUGGAUAUCGUUUGGACUCGUUUUGAUGUGGACAUAUGAUCCACAAACGCAUCCUGAAAACAAUUGCCGUUAAAUCGGAGCGUUAAUGAGCGUGGAUAUACAUGGAUCUAUAGUAUAAGCAAGAAAUAACAAGCAUCGAGACAUUGAGACUAUACAGUUUGAAGUUUGCAAGACUCAGACACAGUAACUGGAAACAAGGAAAUGGGGAAAUCGGGGGAAACAGGUCAGGGGCGGCAAGCUGCUGUGUUUGUUUUUCUGCAGCAGGCACACACCGUUAAUGGAUCAUGAUUAUAUAUUCAACUAGUAUGAUGUCUAUUCGUAAGAAAAAUCGUAAUGACGUCACAUCAUUGCUUUAUUACUCAGUCAUGCAUGUGCAUUAUUAACAUUUCAAAGAACGGAUUUCAUCGAGCUGCCACACUGGCCUAGUGGAAUGAAUCGCAAGAUCUGUAUUUCGAACCCAUGUCCAUCAUCGUCGAAUAUUUUUGUUGGAAGGAAUAUGUUUAAUUGAAGGGAAAACACUACGAGAACCUAGUAAGUGUCUUCCAUCCACACAGAGUGAUGAAUAUUCAUGCUGGGGUGCGUGAUGUGAUUGGUUAACAUACGAUUUACGCUGCAAAAAGAAAAUACGCGGCCAUGAGCCGCGGCAGGCCGGCUGCGUCUGCUUGCGGCAGUCAACAACCGAUCAUGGUGGGUACCACUCGACGGACGGGCUUCACGCUCUCGCUGUGCAUGGUUUACUUCGUGUUUCUCUGUGGUGCCGUCGUAACUUUCAUGCAGUGGGAGCCGUUUGCCCCGAAAGUGGCCGUCAACUUAACACCCCGUCCGGGCGUCAUAAAAGAGGCUAAGCGUUACUCGUCCAAGGAUAUAGCAAUUCUGCUGCAGCGAUUUCUACCGGAGAAAAACAAAACCAACCGGACCCUGCCUCUGACUAGCGCCCUCACUUCUACCUACAGACUGGUAGACCAGACACUCCGUGUCGGCGAUACUGCGCAUUUUGUCAUUCAAGCCAAGGAUUCGGACGGCAGGAACAAGACCAUUGGUGGCGAUUUCUGGUUUACGGUUCUGACCAGCGUUGAAGACGACCACCCGACCGCUGGAGGGCGCACUGCUGGUUCAGUGGUGGACCACAAUAACGGCACUUACAGUGUGUCCUUUUACGUUGGUUGGCCGGGAAUUGCUUACGUGCAUAUGACACUGGCAGCCCCAAGCGAAGCUACAAAAUGGCUGCGAGAGCAGUACUGGCCCGUCGAAAAACGAAUUUUCUGGAGAGGGACGUUCAGGAAUAAGACCAAACCGGGACAAAAACCCCUCAGUCACUCGACUUUGUGCUACCUAAUGCGAAAUGCGUCGUCAACUGAUGAUUGCGUCGCUGAUCACAAUCCAAACGCCACAGGACUCACGGCUUUGUACUGCGAGAGACCAAAAGCACCCUUAACUUGCGACGAUUUACAUUCGCUCGCGUUAGACGUAAAAGCCACAGGACAAAGAACGUCGCAAAUAGUUGGCAAAGCAUCUAAGCUCUUCGUAGGAGUCAAUUUCAUGCGAAGGCUUGUUCAUGGGCCCAUAAGCGUCAAGAUAGCUUUAUCACCAAACCGUACAGAGAGUCGAGCACCCGUCUGUAAGCCCGACUCCAGGCACCUUGUGAACGAUGGGUUUUGGCUCAACAAGACGUGGCAUCACUUGCAAUGUCAGGUCUACAAAUGGGAUGAUACAAAAGCCGUCGGGGAGUGCCUACGUCACAAGCACGUUUACAUCAUCGCCGACUCGACUGUGCGGUCCUGGUACCAUGAAAUCACCCGGAAAUUGGGUUUGCCUUGGCAACGCCUAGGCAGCCGAGUAGUUAAAAACAACUACUACGAGGAGCUGGACUUGAAUAUGACUUAUAGGUUCCACCCCCGGGUUAUCACUCAGGCUAGAGUGACCCUGAGUAUGACCCCAUAUGAGGUAGAUGUUCUGUUCAACUUGCCUACAAAGGACUGCGGCCGCUCCAUCUUCGUGUUUUCGUCGUGGGCUCAUUUCACGCAGUGGACACGCGACAGUUACGUCGAGCGCGCGCUUCUACUCAGAGACGCCAUCUUGCGGUUCCGGGAGCGGUGCCCUGACGUGCCCAUCGUUAUGAAAGGCGCCCAUCCGAGAGAGCACAAGGGCACUCAAAUGCGCGUUGUGGGGAGCGAUUACACACUCUGGGCUUUAGGGCGCACGCUACGUGCAAUAUUCCACGGAACCGGAGUGUACUUCUUCGACAUGUGGCAGAUGAACGUUGCCUACGGACCGAGUAAUAUUCACAUGCCAACGGAUGUUAUCUCGGAGGAAGUCAACUGGUUUCUGACAUAUGUAUGUGGGUUUAAAAAUAGCACAACUUGAACUUCGUCAUGCUUAUUUACGUAAUACAAGUAGGUACACAUUGGUGGCUUGUGGAGGUCGUGCAGUCUAAUUUUACCAUCUUAACGUUGAAUGCUCAAUGGGCAUAUUUUCCACAGAAGUCAUCUUGAUAGAUCGUAGAAAUCAUUCUUGAUUUGAAAAAAAAAGGUUUUGUUAUUUGUAUGGUAUAAUGUUUAUGUAUUUACGAGUGUGAAAUUUGUUCAGUGUUUUCUUUUGUGAAAUUAAAGAAUUAAAGUAAGUGUGAUUUUUUCUUGGACAUUAGUAUUUUGACGUUUCUGCUGCUCAAUGGUUAGCUAGCUGCGACGCAUUUUGAUAAUGUGAAACAAUGUUGGUGCACUGAUUUCAGAAAACCGAGGUAUCAUGUCUUCA